CAGAUGACGCCGUGGUGAAUUCUCGAGAAAGUUUCCUUACAAAACAGUUAUAUUUUCCUUACACAACGCAAGUUGUUAUAUAAGAAAACUUGUCAACAGUUUCUACAGGUUUCUGACAAGAGUAUGUAAAAUAUUUCGAAAGUUGCAGCCAAAUUAUUUAUGUGUUUGCUGACAUUAGAAAGUUAGAACUGUGGCAACAGCUGCACACACUUCGACUUUUCUUGAUUCGCGAUGUCAUUCAAUACAAUAUUAAUCAUGUGUUUGUGAGUCGAUCCGCCGGUGCGUCGAAUCAGAUAGUUGGAUAAACAGGCACGCGCUAGCUUAAUUGUUCCACUCAAUUUUGAUAACAAAAGCGCCAUCAAAGCGUCAGUUUGAAUUUUAGUUGUUCUUGUUUGAUAAUUUUUUGUUGGAAAUACAUUUAAUUUCAGAGUUGCCAUUGUUCAGCAGCAGGUGCAACAAAUGUUAGUGGUUGAAUAACUGUUUCAAAUGUGCAUUAAGUUCCAAACUCAACAAGAUUAUCAAGUGUGCAUUGUGGUGUGAAGUAUUCAUGAUAUAUAAAAUGGAUAAAUAAGGAACUACUCAUGCUGUGAAGACUGGAAUUAAUAGAAUUUUUUUUGAUACAGAAAAAGUGGGAUUAAUACUACAAAAUGUCUACUAAGGCCACACGAUUAGUUUGUUAUUUAUUAUUUCGGAUUUUAUUGCCGAUAACACUUUUAGCAGCGGCUGUUGUUAGGUUCAAUGGAUUAUCAUUUUUAUAUGCUAUUUUUCUGCUGAUAACACCUCUUCUUAGUUGUCCUGAUGUUAAUACAAUUAAAGGUGUUACUGGUAUUUACCUGAAAGUGUUGAUUGCCGUCAGUUCCUUAGCAACACUAACACAGAUAAUAUUCCAUGUUACACUAGUUGCUAUAGCAACAGAAGCAGAACCCUAUGGUUCCAUGUUUACAAAUUGUUCCACAAAUGAACAAAUAGCAAGACAGUUAGCAGUUCAAAGACUGGAUGGUGUGUCUGUAGUAAAUGUUGUACGACUGGCAGCAACUGAUGGAUUAGUACUCAUCAUUUCAUUGGUCGUAUUUUUAAUCAGUUUCUUUCUGUUAAAACGAGAAGCCAAUCAACUGACAAGCUUACCUCUAAUCACCACCAAAUCAAGAAGAAGACGGGGAAUACCUCUUAUAGAAUUUGUCGGAGAAUUUAUUUUAAAUCUUUUGAUAGCUGCAAGUGGUAUCAUUCUACCAUCUGCUCUUAGUGCUGUUUAUUUUGCAUCAUUUCUAAUUCUUGCUACAUUAUGGUCCUUCUAUCACACAUUGGGACGAAAGUUUGCAAUUUUCCGAGUUUUUCUACUGACUUUCUCCGGCCUUCAUAUAUUGGCGCUGCAUCUUUACCAGUUCCAGUUUUUCCAGGAAGCAGUUCCCCACACCAGUUUUAUUUCCAGGUUGCUUGGAUUAACUGGUAUUAUUAAAACUGACUGUAAUACACCAUGGAAAAUACAUCUACAUGAUGAUGUCAAGUGGGAGUAUUACGUUAAUCCUGGAAUAUUGUUAAUGUUAUACUGGGCACUUGCUUUUGAAUCUCGACAUUAUUGUCAUAAAAAGGAUGAGGUUCUUGGAGACGGAGAGAUAGUUCGUGAUAAAAAACGUAAAAAGAAACGACAACCAGCCAAUAUAGAACGUCAGGUAUUCCUACCACAUGAACAGGAAGAGACCGGCAGUAUAAUGUUUAACGACUCGGCAUAUGGAGAUCCUGAUCAACUUGAAGAAGAGCAUCUGGUUGACGAUGGGGAAAAUUCUAAUUAUAACACGAUUGAAGCAACAAAUAAAGAUGAACAGCCAACAACAUCACGUGGUGCUGACCAUGGUAAUGAAACAGAUGAAGAAGAUGUUCAUGACAGUAGUAAAAAACGUGACAAAACUCAGAAACGAUCACCUCUUGUUACUCUCUUUGUUUAUAUAAUGAAACAUAGUUAUGUCCUCUUGUUGAUUGCUAUGAUGGCAUGGAGUAUUACUUUUCACAGUUGGCUAACGUUUGUGUUGUUACUGGGAGCGUGUAUUUUAUGGAUGGUACCCAAUUCUAGAAAAGCCUGUCUGAUCAUUUCACCAUUAAUAACCUUCUACGCUAUCUGUCUGUUGAUCGCACAGUUUAUAUUCAGUAUGAAUCUUAAAGAAGAUGAACUACCUAGCAAGACAGGAGAUUUGAAAUUCCGUGAGAUUGGAUUGAUGAGAUUGACAUGUUAUGAAUUAGCCCUACAGGUUUUCUUCACUCUGUUCUUUUGGUUAACCAUGAGACAAUUUAUGAGAGAGAGACAGGCAGCUAGUCAAGAAAUUAAGGGAUUCCCACUACGACAUGUCCAACGCCAAACUAGUACCAUAUCCGAGAUAAUCUCUGGUGGACCUAUCAUCACAGAUUCUGUAGAUGGAUACGACAGUAAUACCAUGAAAAUGAUGGGUGGUUAUGUUUGGUUAUUACUGUGCAAAUAUUGGAUAUUUGUAUGUGCUGCCAUGUUGUUACUGAUAUCCAUACAGGACGUCGUAGUCUAUAGAAUCAUCUACAUGUUCCUUUUCCUCUAUUUUAUACUCGCAUUCCAGUUUUCAUAUGUGAUCUGGCGAGCCACGAUGUUUGUGUUUUGGUGGGUAGUAAUAGUGUAUUCUAUGGCUGUAUUGAUAAUGAUUUAUACAUAUCAGUUUGAUGAAUUCCCAGGAUAUUGGAGAGAUGGAACAGGUUUUAGUAAUGCUACAUUGAGUGAUAUUGGAUUAGAAAGAUAUGAUACAGCUGGUUUAUUUUUAAAGUUGUUAACACCAACAGCUUUUGUGAUUAUAGUUAUACUACAGAUACACUAUUUCCAUAAACCUUUCCUCGCUUACAGUUCUCUUAAUAGAUAUAAGACAGAUGAGAUCGUACCCGACCCUAAUCCUAAUGUUACUGAUUAUACAACUGAUGAAACGGGGGGAACCACUACCGAUACAGAAAGCGUUACCCAAAGACGCAAUAAACGAUGGAAACAGAGAGUAAUGUACUGGCUUAGAACAAUCUGGGCAUUUGGCAGUGAAACCUGGGCGAAAACUUCAUCAUUAUUAUGGCGGGUGGCUGAGGUCCAUUACUUUAAAUUAGUUGUUUUUACCAUCAUGGUUGUUGCUGCAAGUGAGGUGUCUGCUGUGAGUGCCAUUUACGUGAUUUUAAUGGCAAUAUUUUUACCACUGUCAACAUGUCAUGUGGUAUUGUCACAUGUCAUACAGUUCUGGACGGCACUUGUUCUGCUUGCCAAGAUGUUAUAUCAAUUACGAUUGGUUAAAACAGACUAUUGGAUAACUAACUGUUCACAACCUCUAGAUGUUGGUAAUCAUUCUCUGUGGGAAAACGGAACUGAAGUUGAUAACGGUGUAUGGGUUGGUCUCAUGAAAAUAUCAAAAUUAGAUGUUAUCAUAUCGUAUUAUCUGAGGAAUUAUUUGGUGAUAUUGUUGAUUAUAGCUUUUCAAAGUAUUGUAAGAUAUCAUCAACUACAGAAAUAUCGUCAAUCACAGAUAUUUAAACCACCAACAGGAGUGAUCUUCCCAGAAAUAAAACGUGAAAAUGCUGACAAGGGAAUUAAAUAUUGUCUGAUGUACUUUGCUAAUUAUUUCUUCUACAAGUACGGACUUGAGAUUUGUUAUAUUACGACAGCAACAUGUGUGUGUAUUCGUGUAGAUGCCUAUGCUGUACUCUAUGCUAUUUUCCUAGGAAUCUUGUUAUUAAUGAGUCGUCGUAGUAACGCUAGAGUAUGGCCGAUAUAUACAAUAAUUCUAGCUGUCUUGCUUCCUAUACAGUAUCUUUCAUGCAUAGGAUUCCCGCUUGGUCUUUGUUUAGAGUAUCCAUGGAAACAUGAAACUCUGUUGGAUCAAAAUCUAGAACAGUGGUUAUUUUUACCUGAUUAUGCAAAUUCACCCCAUCCAUUUAAACUGUUAGCUGAUUUCUUCCAGUUGUUGUUUGUUUGUUUACAAUGGAAGGUAUUCAGGAUAGAAAUGUCUUCACGUGUUGAAGAGUAUGGAGGGGGAGAUAACUCGGAUAUUUUGCCUGAAGUUGAAGCUAAUACUCCCAUACCAUCCAUUUAUACUGACUUCACCACCACUACCUCUUCCUACCUGGAUGUUAUAAAAUAUGCUGUAUUUGAAUAUAUGUUCUGGGUAACCCUGGCUAUAAUAUUUAUUACUGGAACGACCAGAAUUAAUUUGUUUAGUAUGGGUUAUGUUAUUGCUGUAUUCUGCUUUAUGUGGUAUGGACAGGAGUUUUUACUCAAACCUCUUCGUAAACUGCUGCGCGGGUGGAAUAUACUGAUUGGUUAUACUUUCUUUGUUUUGUUUGCUAAAGCUUGUUUACAGUUAGUUGGCUGUGUAUAUAUAAAACAUUUGUAUGAAAAUCAGUGCUGGUUAAUACAACUACUGGGUAUCAACUGUUGGAUGUCUAAUAUUGAUAUUACCCCACCUGCUGAUGUAAAAUGUCGUAUUGAAGAAGAUAAUACUGGUCUAGCCUGGGAUGUUGUUUGUUUUGUAUUCUUGUUGCUACAACGACGUAUCUAUAGUUGUCAUUACUUCAGACAUGUUGUUGAUGAAAUUGAGGCUCAGCAUCGUCUUGCUUCAAGGGGUGCUGAAUAUAUUAAUCGUAUUAAUAUCCGUGAAGUUAAUAGACAGAGAGCUGCUGAGGAUGAAAUAUUACUGAAUAUCAAGAAAAAGAUGAAGUAUCUAAAAGAUAAACAGGCCAAGUUAAAAAAGAAUUAUGUUGAACCCGAGGAACAUUAUCAAGCAAUACGAUCAGGAGAUUAUUAUCUCUUUGAUGAAGAAUCUGAUGAAGAAGAGGCUCCGGAUCAGACAGAUUCUCUAACAUUGGGUAAACGUUCUCCUAGUGUUAAGGACGUUCAUCUUGGACCAUUACAGGUAGUAACAACAGCGAUGGAUUCUGGAGCUCAAGUUGCUAUAGAUAGAGCUGCCAGUCAAGAACGUAUAAGUGGUUAUGGUGGAUCUACAUCUGAAAUUAAAGGUAAAAGAGAUGAUACUGUAGAUGAUGAUGAUAUAGAAUCCCCCCCUGAAACAGCCAAAAAAUGGGGAAGCUUUGUGAUCACACUUUUACGAAGUAUCGCCAACUGGUUUAUCAACUUAUUCAACAGAAUCUCUAGAAAUUAUCGUCUGGUUGCUAGGAAACUAGAAAAAGAAAUGAAAUUGGAAAAACAGAAAAUUCAGACUGAGAAAGAAAACUUGAUUGUGGUCGAGAGAAGAAACAGUUCAACAUCGGAAUCUGAUGGUGGAACUAAGGAUGCUGGUGAUAUUAGUGAUAAUGAUUUACUAGAAGUUAAAGUCUCUAAUAUUGAUCAUAUGGAUGGCGCCGUUAGUUCUCUAAGUCUGGAUGAACAAUUAAUGGAUGAGGAAGACUACAUUGAGGACGCUGAAUCAGAAUUUGAGAAAAAUCAGCCAAUAGUUUAUCGUCUAUUAAAAGCCACAUAUUAUGUAUUAGUGUCGAGAUCGGAACUACUGUGUUAUUUCCUCAUGAUAUUAAAUCAGAUGAUCUAUGCCUGUUUGAUCUCCCUACCUUUACCAUUAAUGGUGUUCUUAUGGGGAAUGUUGUCCAUCCCUCGUCCAUCUAAAAGAUUCUGGAUUACCGUUAUUACAUACACUGAGGCAUUGGUUGUAAUCAAGUAUUUAUUCCAAUUUUCAUUCUUUCCCUGGAAUGAGGUUGUAUUUACUGAUGAUCCAUUCUGGCCACCUCGUAUUAUUGGUAUUGAACAGAAAGCUAACUACGCUUCACUUGAUCUGGUUUUACUACUUGCAUUAUUUAUACACAGAUCUAUACUCAAGAGAUAUGGUUUAUGGAAAGAUGCUGAUGAUAUUGAAGCAGAUUUAAUGAAAGCUGGUGAAAAAGAACUUAGUCCACCAACUUCACCCAUGCCCACUAAAAGAGACCUUGCUCUAAUGGAAGAUGGUCAGGGAAAUACUUCUGGACAUCAUGAUACAUCUGGUUCUACUAUUGAAGAAUCAGGUGAACAAAGACCUAAACGACCAAGUAAACUAAAAGAAGGGUUAAAGAAAUGUGUUAAACCAUUGAAAGAUUUCUACAUACAAGUCACCCAAUCAACCUAUGUAGCUACUGUUGAUGUGUACGCUCCUAUGUUCUUGUGUGAUUUUAUCACAUUUAUAAUUGUCGUCUUUGGUUAUUGGGCCUUUGGACCAGCACAAACAUCAGGAGCAGGUGAUGUUACCAGCUAUCUGUCAGAAAAUAGGGUACCAGUGCCGUUCUUAGUUAUGUUAAUCACCCAGUUUGUGUUAAUCAUCAUCGAUAGAGCUCUAUUUCUACGUAAAAAUGUUGUAGGGAAGUUUGUGUUCCAAAUAACAUUAGUUAUCCUUAUACAUAUAUGGAUGUUCUUUGUUUUACCUGCUGUUACGAAAAGGAGUUUUUAUGACAAUAUUCCAGCCCAAUUGUGGUAUUUCACUAAAUGUAUCUAUUUUGGAUUAUCAGCUUAUCAAAUACGUUGUGGUUAUCCUACUCGAAUACUGGGUAAUUUCCUCACCAAGAAAUACAAUUACCUUAAUCUAUUCCUCUUCAAAGGAUUUUUGGCUGUACCCUUCCUUCUUGAGUUAAGAGCUCUUAUGGAUUGGAUCUGGACAGAUACGACAUUAGCUCUGGGUAGCUGGCUACAAAUGGAAGAUAUUUAUGCUAAUAUUUUUGUUUUGAAAUGUUGGAGACAUGCUGAAGCUACGUAUCCUACUCCACGAGGAAAUAAACGUAAAACACUUGUAAAAUAUGGUGUAGGAGGUCUUCUACUGUUUGUUAUAAUAUUUAUUAUCUGGUUCCCAUUGGUGCUCUUUUCCUUCGCAAACACAGUUUACGUACCCAACCCACCCUUCCAGUGUAAAGCUGAAAUAACUAUCGCAGGAUACCAGCCUUUGUUGUCGAUGAAUGCCCAGAAUCUAAGUAUACGGACAAUAACUGAUGGAGAAUAUAAUCAGUUGCAGAAAUAUUACAUCAGAAGUAGGAGUUCUUAUGGUGGAUUAAUGGAAUCUAAUGAUGCAUCAGCGUUUCUAUCUAACUAUGAACGAGAAGAUAUAACUAUAACUAAAUUAAAAGGAACAUCAACAGGUUUAUGGGGUAUUAGUCCACCGAGUGUUGAUGAGUUGAUUCAACAGUUAAAAACCUCUGGAGGAAGAAUAGAAUUCUCACUAGAAUUUGCACGAGAAUCAACGUCUGGAGCAUCUGAGUUAAUCAGUCAUCAGUUUAGUCGAGAUCUGGAUAAGAAAAUGACGAAGGAUUCAUUACGUAUUUUAAACAAUACAGUUACUGGUGGUACAGUAAAUAUAACAAAAUUAUUCCCACGUUUCAUGAGACUUGGAUCGAAGGGUAGUGCUACUGAUGUUCCUUCAUUAUUAUAUGGAGACCAUGGUAUUGAAUAUAGCAAUGUUUCAUUAGAGUUAAACCAUGACCAAGAUGUUGGGAAUCUUAGUGAUGUCAUUCAAUGGUGGAAAGCCUCUGAAUUAUUACGAGGCACCCUGUUUAACCCAAAUGUAAAAACAAAAAUUGCAACAUUAAGCUCUGAUCUGUCCAUUAUUACCUUUAAUGACAGAAGAGCACCAGCAGGAUUUUCAAUUAUUACAGGAUAUGGUAUCAUUGGUCUUUACGUUUCAUUCAUCCUUUUGAUUGGCCGAUUCUUGCGAAUAGCAUUAACAGGACAACUUCAGACCAUCAUGUUCCGAGAGUUACCCAAUGUAGACAAGAUUCUCCAGUUGUGUUUGAACAUUUACUUAGUUCGUGAAAUGAAAGAAUAUCGUUUAGAAGAAGAUCUCUAUAGCAAGAUUGUGUUCCUGUAUCGAUCUCCAGAAACGUUGAUUAAAUGGACAGCUUAUCCACCACAAGAGUUGAAACUUAAAAUUAAUUAAUCUUUUAGAUUCAAAAACUCGAUUGAUUUAAAGUGUUUACUGGAAGUUGAAUACCUGUAACAGUUUAUUAGAAAUAAUCAUGAAAUCAUUAAUGUAGCAAUAUUGUUAUUAAUUUUUAAUCACCAACCACUUCCAGUCUUUAUAUGAGUUUAAAACAUACUAUAAUAAUAGUUAUCUACAAACUUAGGAAUCUUGAGGGGGGCUUAUGUGGACCUUACAACUGAGAGCAACUGGCGUUUCAGCAACUGACAUCAACUCGUUGCCAUGGAAACAACGUCACGUGACAAGAGACAUAUGUUACAUGACUUUAUAAAUAUGCAAAAUGGAUGCAAACGAAGGCACCCACUAUUCGAAUAUUGAUGAUGUCGAUAAUAAUGUAUUAGUAGAAUUGGGGCAAGACCGACUAUCCCUUUGGGAUGCUUCUUCUUAAGUUUUCGCCAUUUUGUUGAUCAUGUGAUGAAUAAAUUAACAGUAACAUGUUAAGUGUAAUCGCUAUUAGUUCUGUGUCGACAUGAGUGCUCUGAAUUUAGUUGCUUUCAGUUGCUGACAUGAUCGACAUAAGCACACAAGCAACAGACUGGAACUAGUUGCUUUCAGUUGCCAAGUCGACAUAAGCCCCCCUCUACAUGUUUCCACAUUUCUCAAAUAUUAAAAUUAGUUGGCUAACAAAAUAACGUUUUGUUUACAAUAAUUGACUGACAUUAUAGAGAUAUAAAAAAAUGAGCAUUAUUGAAGAAUAUUAUAAGUACUGAUCAGAACUUUUAAUUAAACUGUUAUCAUUUAUAAUAUAUUAUUAUCCUUGGUUGACAGUAUAAUUAAUCUCUGUUUAACUAUGGCAAAUAUAUUCACAUUUUAAAUAUAUCUUAUAGAACUAGAUAUUGUUUUUGUUUGAUCGGUACAUUAUGACAAAAAGAUUUCUUGGAGCUAUUUUGUAAAUUUAAGAGGGUUAUUCAACCUGAUCAGGGUAAAUUUUAUAUAUAUAUAUAUAACGUACACCAUUUAGCAACCUAAAUGUAUAGAUGCACAAAAAGCUAAUAUAUAUAACUGUUGUUUGAUGUACAUUUAAAUUUAUGUUAUCAAUCAAUCAUUUUAGCUGGCAUAUCAUUCAUAUUGUCAUGACAAUUGUUUUAGCAUGUUCUAUCAUUGUCUAAAGAAUAUGAUAAUCAUUGUUUGUUAAAGGGCAUCAUAUUUUACACAUAGUUUUGUCAUAAAAAUGUGACUUUGCAAUGAAUAGGUUCCUCUCUUAGUGUUAUCUGCCAUUAAUAUAAUCCAUGCUUGAAUUCUGAGUGGAUGAAGUGCAGAUAUUUAAGAAAUGACAAGCACAUUAUGGUCAAUCGUUUUCAUUAAUUUAUCUAGUUUUUUUGCAAUGUAAUCAAAACAAGUGAAGAAUUUAGAUUGUCAUUUUUGUCAAGUACUUUUCUUGACUCAUAGUUUGAUUAUUUGGUAAGCGAACUUAGUAGCCCAGUGUAAACAAUUGGCCAUAACUGCUGUCUGAUGUCGGUUUGAAGGUUAAGUAAUACUUUGCUUCAGGAAAAUUUUAAACACCCUUGAAGGUGAAGUAAAACUUUGCUUCAGGACAAUCUUAGACAUCCAGAGUCAGUGUGUUUAAAAGACGCAAUGGGUAUAAUUGUAAUUUUAUGUGUAGCAUUUCUUAUUAGAUGUGAUUUCAUCUUGGCAUUCCCAUUGGUUCAUUACUGCAUAAACCUACCUUUGGUAAUAAUAGAGCUACUGUUGUUUUAUUACCAGGUGAUCGAGACAACAGUUUCAUAACAAAUCUUCUAUAGCAGUUUGUUCUGUAGUCAAUCAAAUAUUGAAUUUAGCCAAUACGACAAUAAUGGCUCAGUCGUUAUCAAAGGUAGCUAACAUGAUAAUGGACCGAGGAGGCACGAUGGUAAAUGUUGUGUGAGUGUAAUGUGGUUAGAUUAGGAAUAUUAUAUGUUAAAUAUAUAUAUGGUGUCACAUCUUAUCUUGCCUUGCUUGUAGUCAAAUACUCAUCAUAUUUAUAUUUAUAACUUCAUUUUCAUAACUUUUUAUAUAAAUAUUAUCACAAAUUCUACUUAACUCUACUUUUCUUAAGAUAAUCAUGAAUAACAGAAUGGAUUAUUCAGAAUUCAAGCAAUUCCCUGAUUAUUUGCUUUAUUCAAUAAUGAAUUUUGAUCUUUAUUUGUAUUCAAAUCAUCCCUUUAAAAUAUAAAAGCAAUUCAACAUUUUCAUAUAUUUAAUGCUAAUCAAAUUUUUUAUAACAUUUAUUUUUAACAGUUAAACUGUUGAUUUUUUAACAUGUCUGUUAAAUAUUUUUAUAUUUGUCUGAGAAAUCCAUUUUUGCCAGAAAAUUAAACAAAAGGUGCCUGUGUAUUGAAUAAAAAUGGUUGAUGAUUUCUAAUUACAUCAAAAAAAGUAUAUCAAUAGUGUUUUUAUACUUAGAUAUUUUUACUUAGUUUAUCUUUGCUGAUAUAUGUACUGCUAAAUUGCAUUUCACUGUUAUAUUAUUUUAUUUUUACUUCAUUACAUAUGCUGAAUGGCCUUUAACCUCUAACCUUGUGUCAAUGAC